AUUGUUCCCAUGGGACGAACUUUCUCCUGGUUGGGGACGAAGUUCAAUAGCACUAAAGUGAAGGGUGUUUUUGCAUGCAUGUCUACUGGCUAGCGUAGAAAAAUCGACUGUAAACUAUUAGAAACUAGAAAAAAAUUGACGUCCUCGCUGCAGUGAAAAGGCUGCACAUAGAGUGGAGCGAACAACAAACAAAUCCUCCAGGAAACUUUCUAUUUUCUGCAGUAUACUAUAACGUUGCCGGAGACAACAUGGCCAGUGGUAAGUUCCGUGUGGAGGUGCGUGGGAAGAUAGCUGUAGUAACCACUGACUGUGGAGAGAACCGCUUCAACUUGGACUUUGUUAACAAGUUGAACAAAGCUUUGGAUGAAGUGGAAAGUAAUCCGAAUGUUCAGGCUGUCAUCACCACUGGCAUUGGGAAGUUCUUCAGCAAUGGUUUAGAUGUGAACUGGAUGGGACAGGUGGCAAAGAACAACCAAGUGUCCGAGUUGAUUAAAUUCUUUGAGGGUAUACAUGCACUGAACAGGAGGAUGAUAACAUUCCCAGUUCCUACCAUUGCUGCAAUCAAUGGACACUGUGUGGCACAAGGUGGUUUCUGGGCCCUACACCAUGACUACAGGUUGAUGCGUACAAAGCGCAGCUGGUUUUCCCUGCCUGAAGUUCACCUCAAGCUACCUAUAGGUGAACACAACAUCAAACUGGUCAGGAUGAAGGUAAACGGUGAUGUGGCCCGGGACUCCUUGGUGUUUGGGAAGUGGUACAGUCCAGAGGAGAGUCUUCAGGCAGGUUUUGUUGACCAGCUGGCAGAGCCGGAGGAACUGUUGGAGUCAGCAAUUAAAUUUGCCCACCAGUGUCUGGGGACCCGGGGGUUUGACCGUGGUACACUGAAGGCCAUGAAGGAAAAUGUGUACAAAGAUCUCCUGGAUGUGGAAGACACAAUGCCUGAUUUAAACAGAUACACAAAACUAGCCAAACCCAAACUGUGAAUCCAUUCAAUGCAUUCCUUGUAGUAUGGAUAAGAUGAUUUAUGAUGAUAUAAAUAGUAUCAGUCAAUGUCACUGUGCUUCAAAGAAAUGUUGCAUCAAGGAGGUCAUAGGCAGGUAUGUUGCUUAAAGAUUGAUGCUGGCCAUGGAUGCAGGAUAUAGAAUUUAGGAGGUUUUAAAAAUUCCCUUACACUUAAAUGCAUGUACUUGUGACAUACCAAUGUCACUUACAUUUUACCUAUACAUUUAUGUCAAGUUAUAAUAGAUGCAUCUCUGGUUGCGGAUACUAAAUAAAACAAUUAAGACUGUAAAAUAAUUGAAGGUUGAAAGUGUAAAUCGAUCCUUUGUGAAAACUACUAACAUUAAAAUUGUGAUCAUUUCUGUCAUUAGUCGACCAAUAACUACAAUCGUAGAUAUUGAUACAAGAUAUACAAUAUAUAUAU